UUAAUUUUUAUUUUGCAGCCACCAGUUGUUGUUGAACUACUUGAGAAAAGUCCACCCUCAUCUGGGCUAUACCCUCUCGCCGUUACCAUGACACCAAUGACCACACCUACCUUAGUCCUACCAGUCACCUUUGAUUUGAUUGGUCUGUUCUGCAAUGAUAUCGACACUCGUCUGGUUGCUAAGCAACUGAAAAACAGACUACAGGAACAAAUCAAAUUAAUAGCACAAACCAUCAUAGUUGAUAAAGCUACUAAUGAUCAAGACAUUCAUUCAGUUUCUUUCUUUCAUUUCAACUUACCCAAUCAACAUGUCCCCAUCACUAUCCCAUACCCUUACCUUCCUCUCUCUACUGAUACCAGCAUCAUCCCUUCUCCUCUUCCUGACUCUUCUCUUCUCUCUCUUCGAACUAAACUCCAUCAAACCUUUUGCCUUCCAACUAAUCGACCGUUUCUACGAAAGACUAACAGACAAUGGUCACCAUGGAAACAGGAGACACGCCUGUUUGAUCCACACGUGUCAUUAAAUUUGACAGAAGGUGGCGAGGGAUUAGCUUUAGUGAAUGGCAGUUAUCUUUAUUAUCAUUACAUGCAAGAAAAGUUUAAUGACAAGGGUUGGGGUUGUGCUUAUAGAUCACUACAGACAAUAUGGUCUUGGUUUCGUUGUCAAGGCUACACUGAUGUACCUGUUCCUACCCACAGGGAGAUACAGGAGACGCUGGUUGAUUGUGGGGAUAAAGAG